GAGGGGAAAAAGGUUUACGGCUCAUCCGGAUUUCGCGGUAAAGGAUUUCAAUUUGACGAGUCUGAGGCUUUGCUCACCUCGGAAAAACGGAAAGCCCAAAAGGCUGCCCUCGGCUUGCAAGAUUCAGAUGACGAGGAACCCGAUCCUGGUGCAGUAGACUGGGACUCAAAGAUCGAAGAUAUGCUAGCCACGAAACGCAAAGUGACUGAUAUUGUCAAAUCGAACACAUUGGAACAGACAAUGUCAGAAGCUGCUGCUGCCGCAGCCGCCGCCGCUCAGGCUAACCAGGGCCCGAUAAGUGCAGCCUUGGCGUUGGCCCGUCAAAAAGCUGCCCAACUCGGUUUAACCAAGAAUUUGAAUGCACCUGCACCGACACCGGUCAGUCGCGCGGAUGCAGCUCAGGCCACUGCGAUUGCUGUCCUUAAGGGAAACUCGCCUGUGACCAGUGGCCCGGCAAGUUCUGCUGCCGCUGCGGCGGCGGCUGCAGCAGCCGCAGCUGUUGCUGCUUCCGCAGGAAAUAACGGUGCGGGGUCAGUUCCAUCCAGUCGUACGUUGGCCGAACAAGCCGCAGAGCGGCUAAAUGCAAAGUUGGGCUAUUCCAAACAGUCACAAUCCACCCCAUCAGAAGAGGAGACACCUGCUCCGGCUGGGAAUGACAUGGUUCGCAGAUAUGAAGAGGAACUGGUCAUUAACGACUUUCCACAAAAUGUUCGCUGGCGCGUUACUGGUCGUGAGAUGCUCAAUCAUUUGAACGACUAUUGUGAUGUUGGUGUCUCGGUACGUGGAGUUUAUAUGCCCCCAUCCAAGGCGCGCACAUAUGUGCCCGAGGGUACGGAUGAUCGUCCGUUGUACUUGUGUAUAGAGGCCGUCAAUGAGCGUCAAAUUGCAGUGGCCAAAAAGGAGAUUAUGCGUGUUAUCAAAGAUGAAAUGUUGAAAUCUGCCAGCAGCUCUGCUUCACGUGGUCGGUACAAAGUCGUCUAG